AUGUCGGACAAUAAAAACAAUAAUCCUCCUGAAAGGAGGCAAUUGGAUAUUACUGACAGCAAUAUAGCAUUAUCUACCGAAACAUCUCAACGUAUGUCCUCAACUUCUGAAAGACAAAUUAAGUUUGAGCGCGCACAGAGGUGCCUUGAAAAUGCUGCGCUUGUUUCCAAAAGGAUUAAGGAACAUCGAAAAGCAACUGCCGAGUUAUUGGGAAGGCCUUUUGAAGAGGAUGAUGGCGACACAGCAUCUGAACUGGCUUCCACCAUGAGUGAGAAAACCGGAUACUCCGCAGCAACUGACACUUCCACCACACUGUCCGUCCAGGAUGCUUUGAAUAUUCCUGGUAUUAGUGAAAGUUUAGCAAACACAUUGAAGCAGAAGGAAUUAUUGAUGGAAAGAAUAAAGCAGUAUAAAGAAAUAAGUAAAAGACCAAUGACAAAACCUUCAGUUCAAACAGUUCGCAGAGAAUCAGCCAUAGACACCAAGAUAGAACAAAAAAAGAUAGAAGAUAAAGUUGAUGUAACACAACUUUUACAUACAAUCAAAGAAAAAGAUAACUCUCUAAAUGUGAUACAAGGCAAGAUGAAAGCAAUGGAAACUACUAUACUGGACCUACAAGAAAAGUUAAAUGAAAAAGAUCAAAUCAUUGAAGCCAAAAAUAAAGCGAUUACUCUUAUGUCUGAUAGUUUGAGUAAAAAAGAAAAAGAUUCUUUAAUAUUACUGGAAGAUACAAGGCAACAAAUGACUAAGAUGCAAGAAAAUUUUAUUGCCAUGGAAAGUGAGUGGAAGGAAGAAAAAUUACAAUUAUUAAAAGAAAUUGAAGUGAGGGAUGAAAAAAUUAGUAGUUUAGAAGAGGCGUAUUCUAUUCUAGAAUCUUCAAGGUUUGAAAUUAGUGCAUCCCAUUCUAAAUUAUCCGAAGAACUGGAAGCAAAGAAUGUAGAAAUAUUAAAAUUAGAAGAAAAGAUUGAAAGUUUAUUACAAAAAUCAAAAGAAGAAGCUAGUCUCAAAGAAAAAGAUGAUGUUGAAGAAGAGAAAGGUUCUCUGGAAAUAGCUGGCAUGGCUGAGUUAACUAAGAAAAUUGAAUUAUUGGAGCAAUUAAACUGCCAGAUUAGACAAACAAACAAGGAACUUGAAAAUAAGCUAGCGAAUGUAAACACUGAAAAUAAGACACAGAGUGCUAGUGCUGCAGGUAAAAAGGGAAGCCCACUGCCCGUGCGCAAGGGUAGGAACACUGCAUUGAAGUCAAAAUCACCUUGGAGUCAACUAUCUUCAGAGUCUUUACCACAAGAAACAGAUAAAAAGGCUGCAAAAAGUGAAAUUGCGAGACUCGAAAUGUUAGUACAAUCCCUCAAUAAAGAUAUCCUUGAAAAAGAAUAUGUAAUAUCUCAGAAGGAAACAUUAAUUAAAGAACUAAAAACUGCGUCCUUUACAACAGAAUCAAAGGAUACUAUUGAAAUUGGUGUGUGCACUGAUUUUGUAGAAGACAGUAAAAACUUACAACAUACACAUGCUAAAAAUCAAGAAUCGGAUUUGGAAUCAAGUCCUUUUGAUGAAACUCAAUCAGAAAUAGUUAAGGAUCUACAUGAGAAAUUAAAUGCUGCAGAAGAGCAGAUUGAAACACUCCGAAAAGAUAUAGAGGCAGCUAACUUGAAUAUGAUCAAAGUAAAAUCUGCACAUAAAUCAAAAGUAAAAGAGUUACAGAAAACUAUUGACGGUUUUGGUAAAGUGUCUGAUUCAAAUGCUGAAAUGCUUAAGACUCACGAGCUUCAAAAUGAGCUGCAACAGCUUACACGUAAAGUUGCUGUUCUAGAAGAAGAAAAGGGUAACCUACAAUUGGAUCUUGUAGAUUACGCCAGUAACAGAUUAACUGAAUCAGACAUGUGUAUAAAAUUGAAGGAAUCAGAAAGUUUAGCAGAAACAAGACUUAAAGCGAUAAGCGUUCUGGAGGCGCAGAAAUUUGAUUUGGUUCAAGAGUUGCAUGUGUUACAACAAAAGAAUAUGGAUAUGGAAGACAAACUAGCAGAUAUAUCGCAACUUCAGAGUGAGCAUGUUUGUACUGAGAUGAAGUCUGUACAAAUGGAAGAACAAAUUGAUGGCCUUAUAUCUGCAAGAAAAGAAUUAGAACUAGUCAUAGAAAAUUUGAAAUUGGACAAAGAGCACCUAAAUGAAACAAUAAAAGGUCUUCAAGAUGAGAAAUCUGAAUUAACACAGAAACUAGAAAAUUACAUACAAGAAAAUAUUGAGUUAACUGACAAGCUGGAAAAAUUAAGUGCUGAAAAAGUAAGCUCAGCAGAAUCUAUUGAAAUUGUUGAAUCAUUAACCACACAAGAAAAGCUUGAACUUGAAGAAUAUAACAAAGGCAUUUUUGUUGGUAAGGCUGACGAACAUACAGAUGAGAAUAUUUCCUCGCAAAAUGACAAAAAUAUAGACAGUUUAAUUGAACAAAGAGAAGAAUUAAACAAAAAAAUUGAAUUAUUUACUCAAGAAAGGGAAGAAGUUAUGGAGAAAAUGUCUAAAAUCAAAGACGAAAAUGAAUCGUUGCUCUCUAAAAUCGCCGAAUUAAAUGAACAAAGUAGUAUUUUACAAAGAAGCAUAGAAGGGCUUAGUAAUGAAAAAAAUCUGUUGCAGAACCUCAACCAAGAUCUUUUGCAACAGAUUGAAGACCUUAAACGAGAAAGAAUUGACAUCAUGAAAGAAACUGCCGAAAUUGCCAAGCCGACGGAAGAGGUAUCCGAUGGAGUACCUGUUGAGGUACAACAUGACGACAAAACAUCAACCGAUAAAGGAGCUAAGGGAGCCAAAACAGUUAAACAGUUAACGAAAGAAAUACUGAAACUUAAGAAUACAAUAAAAGAAAGAGAAGAUGAAAUUGCUGAUUGCCAAAUGAAAAUUCUUUCUCUAGAAGAACAACAACAGAAGCAGUCUGAAUCAUUGCAGACCAGUGCAUCAAAUGAAAACAAAAUAAAAUCAUUAGCAGAAGAGAACAAUCACCUUAAGCAAGAAUUACAAAAUGCAAAGAAAGAUAGAGAAGCUGAACAUAACUUACUUCAAUUAAAGCAAUCUCACGAUAUGUUACAGCAAGAAUUACAAAAAGUUCAUCAGGAAUAUUCUAUUUCGGUAAAUUCACGUGACGCCAGAAUAAAUGAAUUAGAAAACGUAUUGUUGGAGUAUGAAAAGCAAAUGUUUAACUAUGGCAACAGUCUUCAACAAAAAGACAAGGAAAUUUCUGAAUAUAUUAAUCAAAUAACCAAGUUAAAUGAUGUUUCUCAAAAACUGAAAUCUACCAUUGAAUUACUUGAAGAAGAAAAAGCAAAAGAUCAAAAUGGUGAACUUGUGAAAACUCUAAACAAACAAAUAGCAGCUUAUCAGAAAAAGCUAUUGGAAAAUGAAGAAAAACUUAAGGUUCUGGAAGAAGAAAAAAUGCAGUUGCACAUUAUAAAAAGUGAAUUAGUAAAUAAAAAUACUAAUCUUGAAGCUGAGUUAGCAAUACUAAAAGAAACCUUUUCUGAAAAGCAAAUUAUGAUUAAAGAAUUACAAGCGUUACAACAAAAGCACACUGAAGAAAUGUCUGCUAAACAAUUAGAAACUGUUGAGCGUGAUGAGGAAAUUCACGAAAUUAAGUUACAGUUGAGAAAAGAAUCAAUUGAAAAUGAAAAACUUCAUAAUAGUGUAUCUGAAAAGGAAAAGAAAAUAAAUGAUUUGUUCAAAGAAUUAGAUGAAACUAAAGAAAAAGUAAUUGAAUUAUCUAACGAGAAAAAUCAGUCUUCUGACCAAUUUAUUGCAUUAGAAACUAAAAAUAAAGAACUUUUGGAGAAACUUAAAAAGUUGGCUAUCAGUAUAAAAAAGAAAGCAAUAAUACACGCUGAACUAGAAGCAAAUUAUGGCGAAUGUCAAAACCAGCUAACAACAAAACAAGAACAAAUGGAUCAGUUGCUUAUACAAGUAGAGACACUCCCUGCACUGCAAGAUAAAUUAAAACAUGCUGAUGAGGAAAUAAAUAGAUUGCAAUCACAAAAAGUAACAAUAGAACAGCAAAGAGUUCAAGACCUAAACCAUUUACACAGUGAAAUGAAAUCUUUACAAGAAAAAUUCUUCCUGUCGUCAAAAGAAAUAUCACAGCUGACUGAUUCCUUGAAUACAUUACACAAAGAAUUGCUCUUUAGCCGUGACGAAAAUGAACACCUUAAGGCGCAGCUUGAUUCAUUAAAUAAGAAGUUAGUUGAGCAUGAAAUAGAACAAAAGAAUAAUAUGAAUUUAAUAACUAAAAUAUCCAGCUUAGAAGCUGACAUUAAUCAGAAACAAAGCCAAAUAUCUGAAUUACUUAGUAAAAUUGAACAUCUUGAACAUCAACAGACUCAGGCGCAAUACGGCUACGAUGCCAAGGUUCAAGAACGAGAUCUGUUUAUUGAAAACUUGGAAGCUGAAACGAGCAAGUAUAAGAAUCGUAUUUGUCGACUGGAAGAAAGUAUAUCUGUUAUGGAGGAUCGAAGACACUCCCUUGAACGUAAAGCUGAUCAGUUAGGUAAUCAGUUACAAGAAAAACAAAAAGCCUAUACUGAAUAUAGUAGUCAGGAGGAUGAACUAGUGACUAGGUUAGCUGCACUUAUGGAUCAUGACAGAAUACUGGAAAAACAACUUUUUGAAAUUGAAAAUGAAAAUAAAGAAUUGCAAUAUAAAGUUCACCACUUAAAUGAAGACAAUCAAAAGCUGAGAAAAUCUCUUUCGGAUAUGCAAGAACACUAUAACGUUUUACUCGAUAAAGCAAACAAAUUCGAUUCUGCUGAAUCUGAAAUCUCUAAAUAUGAGGUUCAGCUUCGAGAUCUUGAAGCAAAUUUCAAAAGGGUUACUCAUGAACAUCAAUCAUUGAUAAUGAAAAAGAAACAGGAAAUUGAAGAAUUAGAGGCUGAAUUUAAUACACAAAUCGAAAACGCCUUUAAGGAAAAGAAAAUCCUUAGUGAGAAGUAUGAAAAAGUUAAUGAAUAUGUUUCUCAGUUGGAAGCUAAACUACAGGAAUAUAAGACGAAUAUUGAAACCUUAAAUCUAAAUGCUAAUGAACUUAGUAGACUAAAUCAAGAACUAAAUGAAAAGUGUUCUAACAAACAUAAUAUUGUGACACCUGAUUACACAGAACAAUAUAUAUGUGAAAUAAAUAGGUUAAAUUCUAUAGUUAGCAGCAAGAGUGAUGAGAUCUAUGAGCUCAAAAACAAAAUACAAAGUCACCAGACUAAUAAUGUUGCUGUAGUAUCAGACUUUGAGAGCAAAAUAUCAGAGAUGGCCAUCAGGAUGAGAGAGAAACAUGCAGAAGUGGAGAAAUUAACUCUAGAAUUAAGUUCAUUACAGCAGGAUAAUGUACAACUACAUAAUGCGUUAGCCACCAAAGACCAACAGAUUAAAGAAUUGUCAGAUAACAAGAAAUUAACCUUUGAAAUGAAUAUUCCUAAAACAGAAGGCAUGUUGAUUUCUUCUACUAUAGAACCAUUAAACGAUGGGAAUAUUGAUGUAUCCUCUAUUGAUUCACAAAUAGUUUCUGGUAUAACAGAACCCUCUUUGGAAAAAAAACAUAGCACCAAAAAAGUUCAAGAAUCUUUAGUAAAACAAUCUCCAAGUGGACAAAUUGAGGAACCCUUAAUUUCUCCUAAAAAAGCGUAUAUUUGCUAUACAAAUGAAGAUGAUAAUGCUCCUGUCGAAACAGAUCCUUUUAAUUCAGAUGAAGGUUGGGGCUUAGGGGAAAAUGAGGAAAUCGGAGAAGUUACACCUGGUUUCUCACACCUUAACAAUCAAAUAGAACAACUUAAAAAAGAAAACGAUACUCUGAAAGGCGAACUUCAGACAAAUAAUAUUAAAUUGUUGAAAGCGUUGAAGAAGUUAAAAGAGUUAAAAGCUACCAAUGAUAUGUUAACUAAUGAACUUAAAAUAGUGAAACAAAUGUCUCAAAGUGCCUUCUUUGACAAUGCUAUAGAAGAUGAAUUGCGAUUAAAUAUAACUGAAUUAGAAAAGAAAAUUGAGGAGCUAAAUGUAGAGCUUGCUAAAGAAAAGCGAGAUAAAGAGUCACUGCGAAAACAAAACGAAGUCUUCCAUAAUGCCAAUGAUAGAUUAACUGAAAUCAAAGAGAAAUUAGAUACUGAAAUACACGUAUGGAAAUUUAAAUUUAAAGAAGCCAAUGAUAAAAUUUCUACUUUGCAAUGGGGUGGAGAAAGUAGAGAACCCACUGAGUUACGUCAAUCACACCUUUCUACAAUGGAUGAGAGCAAAUUCAAAGAUGAACUUAACAAGGUCGAAAAGGAAAAUGAAGAAUUGCAUGCAAUGGUUGAUCAGUUAAAUACUUUAACUCAAGAACUCCAGUCUCGGGAAACACUACUACAAAAUAAAAUAACUAGUCUUAAUGAACAAGUACAACAACACAAAGGAACUUGUGAAAACUGCCUUUUACUUCAAAAUCAAAUUGAAGAUCUAAAUAAAACUAAAAAUGAAUUAAGGAAAAAUAACGGUUUGUUAACUGAAAAGUUACAAAAUGUGGAAAUGCUAUAUAAAGAGCAAUUAGAAAAAUAUCAUAGCUUAGAAGCUCAUUAUGAAACCAUGGCAAAACAACUUGAACAGCAGAAAUCAGAACUAUUCCAUAGUAGUAAAUUUGAGGAAAUUCAAGUUAAAGUAAAGCAAUUAGAGAAUGAUAAAUUAGAAUUAUUGGACAUAAAUAGUGCAUUACAAAAAGAACUAGCUGAACAUAAUGAAACUAAAACUAACAGCCUAGAAUUAUUAGAAAAAAAUAAUAAGUUAGAAGAAGUGUUGUUAUGUCAAGAAAAUGAACGUACAGAAUUAAUAGACAAAAUUAAUUCCUUACAAGAAGAGGUAAGAAAAUUGCAUGAACAUGAGGGUCGGAAUGUAGAAUUACUUGAUAAUAACAUUAAAUUAGAAGAAAAAGUCCUGGAACUAAACAAGUUACAAUCUGAAGCCCAAUCACACAUAUUAUCUUUAGUUUCUGAAUUAGAAAAUACUAAAUCUAAAAUAAACUUACACAAGUUGGAAGAAAUAAAUCCAAACAUUCAAAAUGCCGAUAACUUCGCAUUAGUGGAAAAGUGUAGUGCUAUGGAGCAACACCUUCUGCAGUUUCAACAUAAUUUAGAGGCAGCCAAUUCCAACAUAUUGCAAUUACAGUCUGAAAACCAUGAAUUAACAUUAAAUUCCAAACAAUAUUUAGAACAAAUAAAUGAACUCAAUUUAAAAAUACAAAACUUGAAUUCUGAAAAUGAUAACUUGUUAUCCACUGUUACUGAAUUACGUUCUUCAGUAUCGAGCGCUAUCGAUCAGCGUGGUUUUGAGAUAGCAGAACUAUGGAAACAACAUUUAGCCCAAAGAGAAUCUGAGUUCGAAAAAAUUGAAACCGAUCUAAGGGCAGAAUUAAGUGCUUCAGAAGUUAAAUAUGAACAGUUACUUGAAAACGUACAGUCAGCCAGCCAAGAAGAAACAAACAAAUUGGUAAUAAUGGAACAAUUGAACUCAUUGCAAAAAAAAGUAGAAGACAAAGAAGAGCAUAUACGCAGCUUACAAACUAAAUACGCUGAAACUAUGAAUCAAAUGGACAUAUUCCGUUCAGAAAUGGAAGAUGAAAGAGUGGCACAUGAAAAUAAAUUACUUGAACAACAAGAGGAAUAUGAAAAGAUGAUUCAAGAACUCACAGUGAAAAAUUAUAAACAUUCUGAAACUUAUGAAGAAACAUUCAAAGGUGUUCAAAAUGAGUUAUUGAUGUACAAAACUAAAAAUGAUGAAUUGAAUCAAUUAAUUGAAGAUUUACACCGUAAGUUGGAAAAUCUAGAAGGUAAUGUUACCGAUUUGACUAAGGAGCUAAGAACUAAGGAGAGUGAAAUAUAUCAAAAAACCCACGAUUAUACCAUUGCAUUAGCAGAACGUAAUGAAGAAUUUGAGCAUGUUCGGAAACAACUUAUUGAUUACGAAAAGAAAAUAGAAGAAUUGACAUACGAAAAGGAAUCCGAACUAGCUGUUCUUAGGUUAAAAAUGCAUGAGAACGAAACUCACUAUCAAAGCGAUAACAAUAAAGCGAAAGCAGAAAAAACAAGCUUAUUAGAGGCACUAAAUGCCAAAAUAAUAGAAUGUACAAAUCUCAAUAAACAAAUAGUUGAUUUAAAUCAAGAGUUAAAGACCCAUGCAUCAAAAGCUGCAGAAAUGGAAGCGGCUUUAGAGAGUCAGGAAAUCGAAAUAGUUGGUCUUAAAGAUGAAAUAAUGAGUUUACAGAGUUCGAUGCGGACUUCAAGCGGAAAAAUCCAGAAACACGUAUCUUUUGCAUCUGAUACCAAACUUGGUAGUGACAACAACAAAUCUGACUUAAACAAAGAUCUUCUCGACGCUGUGCCCAGAGCUGAGUUAGACUUAGCGUUAUACAUGUUACAUCAAAGAGACGUUCGAUGUGAAGAAUUGACGAUGGAGCUAACACAACUGUUGGAGGAGAGAGACACGUUACAGUUACGUUUAUCAGAUAGUUUGCGUUUGAAUGAAGAGUUAAAGAUGAAAUUAAAACUUGGUGGUUUGGAUGUGUCGUUAGAAUCUAGUCAAGAGACAAUAUCAGAGUUGCCCAGUUUUACAGUGGAGAAAGAAUUUAUUGAUAUACAUCGCGGUCAGACAUCACGUAGCAACAGCAUAAGCGAUCCCGACUCAGAAAAGCCGAAAUUGCAAGCUAAGUUGACGGAGUUACGCAGUGUGAAACAUAGUCGAGACGUGCGACUCCGACAGGACAGUGAACAGCGGCAACUAGACUUACGGCUACUGCAGCGAGACGUCGCCAAUCUCCCACCGGAAGCCGUCGACCAGCUUGCCCAGGCGCACCACACCUUAUCUCGGGAUUCACAAAGCACGCCCACUGUUCUGCUAAACUGGCUCCGAGGGAAAAGUACACCAAAAGUAGUGCAUAUGUGA